AUGUCAUCACAUAGUUUUGGAGUGGCCUCAGGGCUCAGUUCCCAGCCCAGCUGUGGCACCCCUCAGCUGGAACAAAGGAGUUCCUUCCCAGCACAGCAUCUCCUUCCACUGCAGAGCCGCUCGCUUGCCCUGCUCAGCCAGGAGGACUUCUUAAGAAGUUUCAAUGGGAGCUUCUCUGAUGCGAGUGAUGUUUUGGGGGCUGAUCUUUUGGACUGCAACUAUUCCACCCCUGACCCGCAGCUGGUCCAGAGGAUUGUGUCCCAGGUGGAGUUCUACCUUUCUGAUGAGAACCUGGCCAAGGAUGGUUUCCUUCUGAAACAUGUCCAGAAGAACAAGAUGGGCUUUGUCAGCAUCAAACUGCUGACAUCCUUCAAGAAGGUGAAAUACCUGACGCAUGACUGGCGGCUCACACUCUAUGCCCUGCAGUUCUCGGAGCUGCUGGAAGUGAACAAGGAGGGCACCAAAGUGAGGCGGCGGGUCCCUGUCCCUGAGUCCCUGCUGAGCAUCCCCCCCAGCAAAGUGCUGCUGGCCUGGGAGCUGCGGCCCCAGGAGCAGGAUAUGAUGCUGCUGCUCCAGAAGAACUUCAUUGAUAACAUAUCGAGUAUGUUCAGCCCCUUUGGUGCCAUUGCAUCCAUCCGCAUCCUGCGGCCGGGCUGCAAGCUGCCCUCAGAUGUGUGGAAAUACACGUCACGCUUCCCUGAGCUGCUGAGCAAGCGCUGUGCGCUGGUGGAGUACGAAAGCCUGGAGAGCACCUGCAGGGCCUUUGAGCACCUUGGCUGCCAAAGCCACCCAGGUGGUGAGGGCAUCAGGGUGGUCUGGCUCUGUGGGAAGGGCUCCAAGAAGAAACGUGGGAACAAGAGAGAGGUGGCAGAGAAGCUGGGGGACCAGCCGGAUUGGAAGGCGCAGGCAGAGGCCACGACCUUCCCCUAUGGCAUCGGGGACUCCCUGCUCUGCAGCUCUCUGGAGUCAGACAGUGCUCCAACAUCACUGUCCCUGUUCCCAAACACGGACCCCUUGGCACCCACCUGGCCACGCAGCAACUUCAAGCCCAGCGACUCUAGCAACACCUUUACAAGAUCGCUCCUCACCAGUGAAGUCUUCCCCCCGCUUGGGAUGGGCUUGGGCACCGGUGGCUAUUAUGGCCUCUACUCCAGCACUGAGCAGCCCCACAGCCGCGGCUGGGGGAGCAGGGUGGAUACCUGGACACCCUGGAGCAGCAGCCCUGCUCUGGAUGCCACACCUCUUCCCAGAAAUUCCCUGGCAGGAAAUCGGGUGCCUGAGCCCCUUGGCCUGCGGGGUGGGGUGCUUCGCCUGCCCAAUGGCUCUGAUGGCACCGAGGGCUUCAGCAGCAGCACUGAGAGAGAAGAUCUCAUCCUCCAGCACUGA